AAUAUUUAUCCAGUUCCAGAUGCUUCACAGAAGUAUAGGAGAAAUUGAACAAAAUUAGAUUAAAUUCAUUUAUGAAAAAAGAAAAAUUUUACAGUAAGAUAAUAGUAGACUGUCGUAACACUGCAAUGGAUUCCUUCAUGGAAAACAAUACAUAUAUAAACAAAAUGUGGGUUCAAUGUGAAAGUUGUUUGAAAUGGAGAUUGUUGUCAACUGAGGAUGCAGCCAGAGUUGAUCACAAUGAAUCAUGGUAUUGCUACAUGAACACUGAUUCAAAAUAUAAUAAGUGCUCUAUUUCUGAAGAAGACUUUCCUGAAGAGUCUCAAUUUCAUCGAAGUGGAUUUAAGAUUGUCUAUUCACAGCUACCUGUUGGUAGCCUGGUUUUGGUAAAAUUCAAGAAUUGGCCAAGUUGGCCAGGGAUACUUUGCCCUGAUCCUUUUAAAGGUAAAUAUGUGACCUAUGACCUGGAUGGAAAUGUUGAACAGUAUCACAUAGAAUUCCUGGGUGAUCCCCAUUCAACAUCAUGGAUAAAUGCAACAUUUGUUGGACAUUAUAGUAUCACAUUAAAGCCAGGAAAAUGUGAAUGUAAAAGUAAAAGGAAGAAGUGGUAUAUAAGUGCGCUACAAGAAGCAUACCAUCUUUAUGGAUAUUCUCUUGAGCAACGACUGGAAAUGUGCUGCCUAUCAAAACAGGAUAAAUCCAAAGCAGAUGACAAAGUUGCUGUCGUGGCCAAGAAAAGGUUGCCAGUUUCCAAAAAUAAUACUGAAACAAAAAAGCCCAAAUUCAGAAAAAGGAAGAGGAAAGCUAUUUUAAAAUGCUGUUUUGAAAAUGUUUGUACCGAUGAUGCCUUAUCAAAGGAAAAUAUGGUUGUCUCUGAGACAGAAGUUUUACUAAAAGAACUGGAGCAAAUGCUACAGCAAGCUCUAGAACCCACAGCAACACCGGAUGAUCCCGAAGAGGAACGUGGGGAGGAAAUAAAUACAGGAGAAGAGUUGCCUCAGUGGGGCCCUGACGCUUCUGCAAGCAGUCCAUUUGAAAACCACUGUGAAGAUGACUAUGUUAUAAUUGACGGGAUAAAAUUAAAAGCUGGGGAAUGUAUUGAAAAUAUAACUAACAAGUUUAAUGAAAUCGAUGCUUUGAUAUCUGAAUUAUAGGGCAUUAUAAAUAUUUUCAAAAGGUAAUUAUAAAAACAAAGUCAAAAACUUAAAAUGUUUAGUGAAAUAGGUAUGUAUUAUACCAAAGUUGAUAUUUGUAAUAACUUCCUACUUUAUAUUUUGAGGAUACACAUUGUUUUGAGGUCCAAUCAAAUGAUAUUUAAGUUAGUGUUACAAUUUAAGAAUUUAAGAAACCCUAAUGUUUGUAGUUUGUUUUUCUUGUUUGCCCUAAGUUUAAAAUGGGUUGUGAAACGUACUGCACAAAUACAUGCUUUACAAUGGUUAUUUAAGCCCUUUAUUCAAAUAUGGAUGUUAAGGUGGCUGACAAAUCUAUUAUGUUUCUUACAGAUAAUUCAAAUCUAAUAUGUUGAGAGAAUGUGUAUUUGUAGUAGAAUUAAGCUAUUACAAAAUAAAA